CAACCUCCCUCUCUCUCUCCUCCUCUCCUCACUGCGCCGCCUCCCGCCCUCCCUCGCUCCCUCCCCUCCCCGGCACUGCAGCAUUCGCCGACUGCAGCUCCAGCCGCCGCCCGCGCCUCUCCGGCCUCCGCAGCCCCGCCACCGCCAGCACCAUGGCCAGCACCGUGUCGGCCUACAAGGAGAAGAUGAAGGAGCUGUCCGUGCUGUCACUCAUCUGCUCCUGCUUCUACCCACAGCCACACCCCAACACCGUCUACCAGUACGGGGACAUGGAGGUGAAGCAGCUGGACAAGAGGGCCUCUGGCCAGAGCUUUGAGGUCAUCCUCAAGUCCCCUUCCGACCUGUCCCCGGAGAGCCCUGUGCUCUCCUCCCCCCCCAAGAGGAAGGACACCUCCCUGGAGGAGCUGCAGAAGCGGCUGGAGGCGGCUGAGGAGCGGAGGAAGACGCAGGAGGCGCAGGUGCUGAAGCAGCUGGCGGAGCGGCGCGAGCACGAGCGCGAGGUGCUGCACAAGGCGCUGGAGGAGAACAACAACUUCAGCCGCCUGGCCGAGGAGAAGCUCAACUACAAGAUGGAGCUCAGCAAGGAGAUCCGCGAGGCUCACCUGGCGGCGCUGCGCGAGCGGCUGCGCGAGAAGGAGCUGCACGCGGCCGAGGUCCGCAGGAACAAGGAGCAGCGUGAGGAGAUGUCCGGCUAAGGGGCCUUUGGGACAAGGCGGCGCCUGGAUCCCGAGAGCAGACAAGAAAACAUUUGGGUUUUGGUUUGGUUUUGUUCGCCUCCGUCUAGAUGCAAUUUUUGUUCCUGCUCCCCCCUCUCCUGCUCUCCCAGCUUCAGCUUCCGCUUCUCUUCGGGCGCUCUGAGCUGCCCAUUCCUUGUGACAAGUCCUGGAGGAGCCACCAGGUGUGGCACACGGUCCCUCAGUUCAGGCCCCAGGCUGGGUCCCCUCUGGCAGCCCUCUUAGUGGAUGUGGUGGCGACCUCAAUAAAUCCAGCGAUUUUGGCAGGAA